CAGUAGACUAUUUUUUAAAAAUUUAUUAAAAAAAAAAAAAGGGUGCGGCUGGAUUCGAGGGUUUGGGUUGGGGGAUGGGUGAAAUGUGUUAGUAAAUGGAAGUAAAAAGGGUAAAACAAAAAUCCGCGGCUUGGCUUGCGUCUCUCACAAAAUUACGGCUCUUAACCUAUGUUUUGUGGAUAUUUACGGUUUGUCCCACUUGCCCACGUGUCAGCCUCUCAGCUUCCCCUCCUGUUCCAUGUUCAAAGUUGCGGUCUUGAGACCUGAGUUAAGAAAAAGGAACAAAAUUCCCGAUAUACCCCACAAUAAAUUAAUACCCUUUGGUUGAUUUGAUCAACAGUCUUCGUCGUCUUCUGCAUGUCUGUGGUAUCGGAAAAAACUUGGACGACCAGAUUAUUAUAAUUAAUCACAGUGUUAAUUAUGUUAAUAUAUCAAGAGCGUGCCGCGUUGCAUGCUGGUCGGACAUUCGCCAUGGAUUUCUGACUCAUUCAAUUUCUAACGCGUCACCCAAUUCAAUUCAAAGUCUCAUCCACGACAAAGACAAGGUCAAUCAGUCAGAAUAAUAUUAUUUCUUAUUAAAUACAAGACUGGAAGUGUUGUAUUUUAUAUAAUUCCUUACGAUGAUGUUAAGAAGGGCUGCAUUGAUUGGUUGUACAAUUACAAGCGGAAAUCUAUGGUCUUUGUUGGGAUUUUCAGCAAAGGUACCAACUUGGCCUGCGGUUAAGGUGUCUUCAUCAACAGGUAACCAUGCUAAUUUCACUUCAAUAGAAGAAAAACUUUCUUGUCGAAAACUCGCUGGGUAUAGUAUCAGAUACAGAGCCAUGUCAGCAUCUGCGAAUGCAACGCCUGUGAAUGUAAUUGCUGAAAAUGAAGAACAAGUUCAAGAAUUUAAACAGCUUAAUGCGGUCAACGAUAGGUAUGGCGGAGUAAUUGUUGAAAUGAGUGAGCCGAUGGACCCUGCAGCCUUUGCUUCGAUUCUUAGAGCUUCAAUUGCACAGUGGCGUCGCCAGGGUAAAAAGGGUGUUUGGAUCAAAUUACCUAUUCAGCAUGUCAAUCUUGUUGAAGCUGCUGUCAAGGAAGGAUUUUGGUUUCACCAUGCUGAGCCAAAUUACUUGAUGCUUGCUUAUUGGAUUCCUGAAGGUACACAUACUCUUCCAGCAAAUGCCUCACACCGGGUAGGCGUUGGCGCAUUUGUCAUGAAUGAAAAGAGAGAGGUUUUAGUGGUGCAAGAGAACACCGGACGAUUUCGGGGUACAGGUGUGUGGAAGUUCCCUACAGGAGUUGUGAAUGAGGGUGAAGAUCUCUGCACAGCUGUAGUUAGAGAAGUGAAAGAAGAGACAGCAAUUGACACAAAAUUUAUUGAAGUACUAGCGUUCAGACAAAGCCACAAGUCAUUCUUUGAAAAGUCAGAUAUAUUCUUCAUGUGCCUGAUGGAGCCACUUUCUUUUGAAAUCCAGAAGCAGGAAUCUGAGAUAGAGGCAGCUCAGUGGAUGCCAUUUGAAGAAUAUGCAGCGCAGCCAUUUGUCCAGACAAAUGAGCUUUCAAAAUAUAUUGUUGACAUAUGCAAAGCAAAGGAAGCUAGAAAAUAUUCUGGGUUUGUUCCCGUGCCUACCUCGUCACCAUUCUCGGAUGAGAAGAACUACAUGUACUUCAACUAUCGUGACCUCAAUGGCCAGUAAUUUCUGAUAAUGGCUCCUAAAAUUAUACAUGGGCAACGAUUCAACUUCUAAAAUUCAUAAAUACAUUCUUUAUUUGUACGACCAUAAUGCUCCUCUGUCAGGUUCUUCCUCUUUAUAUUAUUCCCCUCCUGCUAUACAGCUAAGUGAAUUAUUCAUUCAAAGUCUAAUGUUACUUCUUUCAAAGGCAAA